ACGAAUCCAUUGUCAAUGUAUUGAAGAGAAAUCUUGAUGUGCUCCUUCAGCCACAGAAACAAACGUGUUUUUGACUGCUGUAAAUAACAAACGAUUGUGAUCGAAAUAAUUAUUCCUUUUGUUCUGCUGCUGUUGUUAAUUAUGAUUUGGGACUAUAGAAUGAAACGAGGUGUAAGAAGUAGUGUACCACAACGUGUGAAAACACAAGUUGUAUGAAGAAAUUUGAAGUAGCACCACUCUCUAGUGGUGAUGAAGAUGAUGGAGAAUCCGCUGUCUUGAGCUUGGAUAGCUCGUUCUUGGUGACUUCUGACUCUGAGGAUAGUUUGGUCCUCCGUGACUUCGGUAGGGAUAUGAUCACUGAUCUUCAAGAGACUCCCCUGCCGAAGGAAUUAGAACUUCGUGCUGGUUCUCAACCACUGGAGUACGCCCUGUGGACAAAAGUUGAGCUAAGUCGAGGAAAAAGAUUUGGUCCGAUUCCUGCUCAGCUCAAAGAUUCCCAGCCCCCUAGCUCGGAUGUAUGGAGGGUGGUGGAUGAGAAUGGUACAGUAAAAGCGUGGGUAGACACCUUAGUAGUGAGAGAAGGGCAGUGGACAACAUUUCUUAGGAAAUCGGACAACGCCCAGGCUCGGAAUGUUAGCCCAAUAUUCUUCGGAGGACAGCGAUGCGUAAAUCAAAGAUAUGACAAUUUGGAUUUGGAUGAUUACGAUGACAAAAAUGAUGCUGAUACCAAUCAUGGAGCUCAUGACGAUGAUGUUGAUGAAGAUGGUGAUGACGCAGACGACGACAUGGAUCAAGAUCAUGAUAUUGAUUAUGACGACAAUCAUAACGCUAACGUUGCUGAUGAUGAUGAUGAUGACGUUGCUGUUGUUGAUGGUGAUCAUGUCAAUGAAGAUUAUGUUGAUGACAACGAAGAUGAUGAUGUCACUCAUGAAGAUAAUGAUGAUGAUGAUGUCGAUAAUGAUCUAAACGUGCAGAAUAAUGAAGAAACUGCGAAAAAUAAACUGAAUCAGUUUGAACAAGCAUGUGCUGAUCCAGCAAACGAGAAAACACCUGCUAAAAGUGCAGAAACUCCCAAAGAACAGAACGCCUGGAA